GCCCGCCAACCAGACGCAGAAGCGCCGCGGCGGCGGGCGGGCGGCGGCGGCUCCUCGGUGCGCGCCCUCCAUGAGCGGUGCGCGGCCGGCCGCGGGGCUUGCGCAGGUAGCGGCCGCGUCCCCCCUCCUCACUUCCCCCUCGGCGGUUCGUCCCCCGCCCACGGCGUGCUGGGGGACGCGGCGGGCUGAGCGGCUCUCUCCUUCUCUCGCAGCGCGGCGGCGGAGCGGAGCGCUGAGCGGCGGCGGCAUGCGGCCGCAGGAUGUCUGAGCCGGGCGGCGGCGGUGCGGCGGCUCCCCCGCGCCCGCGGCGCCGCGCCGGAGGCAUGCUGGCGGCGUGGGGCUCCCUGUGGUGCCUGUGCCUGGCGGCGGCGGCCGGCGGGCUCCCGGCGGCCCGGCGGCCCGGCUCCCCCGCGGAGGAGAGGAGCGGCGGGCGGCCCGCAGAAUACUUGAGGAGUGAGACCGCCUUUCUGGAAGAGUUGGUGUUUGGAAGUGGAGAUACCAUUGAACUUUCCUGUAACACUCAAGGCUCUUCUGUGUCUGUUUUCUGGUUUAAAGAUGGUAUUGGGAUUGCACCUACCAACAGAACUCACAUUGGACAAAAACUGUUGAAGAUAAUCAAUGUGUCUUAUGAUGACUCGGGGCUGUACAGUUGCAAGCCGAGGCAUUCCAGCGAGGUCCUGGGGAACUUUACAGUCAGAGUAACAGAUUCUCCUUCAUCAGGUGAUGAUGAAGAUGAUGAUGAUGAAUCAGAAGAUACAGGUGUCCCCUUCUGGACCCGGCCAGAUAAGAUGGAGAAGAAGCUGCUAGCAGUUCCCGCGGCCAACACAGUUCGCUUCCGUUGCCCGGCGGGCGGAAACCCAACUCCGUCUAUAUACUGGCUGAAAAAUGGCAAAGAGUUCAAGGGAGAGCACAGGAUUGGGGGCAUAAAAUUGCGACACCAGCAGUGGAGCUUGGUGAUGGAGAGCGUUGUCCCAUCAGAUCGAGGAAACUACACCUGUGUUGUGGAGAACAAAUAUGGCAACAUUAGGCACACGUACCAGCUAGAUGUAUUAGAACGGUCGCCCCACCGACCCAUCUUGCAAGCGGGGCUUCCUGCCAACCAGACCGUGGUGGUCGGCAGCAAUGUGGAGUUUCACUGCAAGGUUUACAGUGAUGCCCAGCCUCACAUCCAGUGGCUGAAACAUGUGGAAGUCAACGGCAGCAAGUACGGACCUGAUGGGACGCCCUACGUCACGGUGCUGAAGUCUUGGAUCAGUAAAAACGCUGAAGCCGAUGCUAACCUAAAUCUGUUCAAUGUGACAGAACAAGAUGAAGGAGAAUAUCUAUGUAGAGCCAACAAUUUCGUAGGCAUAGCCGAAAAACCAUUUUGGCUCCACAUUCGCAAACCAAAACCAGCAGAGGAGCUGAUGGAAAUGGAUGAUUCGGGCUCGGUGUACGCUGGCAUUCUCAGUUAUGGCACUGGCUUUGUUCUCUUCAUCCUGGUGCUGGCCAUUGUGAUUGUCUGCAGGAUGAAAAUGCCAAACAAAAAAGCCAUGAAUACGCCCACUGUACAGAAAGUCUCCAAAUUUCCACUCAAGAGACAGCAGGUGUCACUGGAGUCCAACUCUUCCAUGAACUCCAAUACGCCCCUGGUCAGGAUCACACGUCUCUCCUCCAGCGAUGGGCCGAUGCUGGCUAACGUCUCCGAGCUGGAGCUGCCUCCCGAUCCCAAGUGGGAGCUGGCACGAUCUCGCCUGACCUUGGGGAAGCCGCUUGGUGAAGGGUGUUUUGGCCAAGUGGUGAUGGCAGAAGCGAUCGGGAUUGAUAAGGACAAGCCAAACAAGGCCAUCACGGUGGCUGUCAAGAUGUUAAAAGAUGAUGCUACUGACAAGGACCUGUCUGACCUGGUCUCUGAGAUGGAAAUGAUGAAAAUGAUUGGGAAACACAAAAACAUCAUUAACCUCCUCGGUGCCUGCACGCAGGACGGACCACUGUACGUGUUGGUGGAGUACGCAUCGAAAGGGAACUUGCGGGAAUACCUCAGGGCACGUCGCCCACCCGGCAUGGACUAUUCUUUCGAUACCUGCAAGCUGCCGGAGGAGCAGUUAACAUUUAAGGACCUGGUUUCCUGCGCCUACCAGGUGGCCCGUGGCAUGGAGUACUUGGCAUCUCAGAAAUGCAUUCAUCGCGACUUGGCAGCCAGGAAUGUGUUAGUCACUGAAGACAAUGUGAUGAAAAUAGCUGAUUUUGGCCUCGCUAGAGAUGUUCACAACAUCGACUAUUACAAGAAAACCACCAAUGGUCGGCUGCCUGUGAAAUGGAUGGCUCCAGAAGCGUUGUUCGACCGGGUCUACACUCACCAGAGCGAUGUCUGGUCUUUUGGAGUGCUACUAUGGGAGAUCUUUACGCUGGGAGGGUCUCCGUACCCGGGAAUUCCCGUCGAGGAACUCUUCAAGCUCUUGAAAGAAGGCCAUCGGAUGGACAAACCCGCCAACUGCACUCACGACCUGUACAUGAUCAUGAGGGAGUGCUGGCACGCGGUCCCGUCGCAACGGCCGACAUUCAAGCAGCUGGUGGAAGACCUGGACAGGGUCCUCACCGUGACGUCCACCGACGAGUACCUGGACCUGUCGGUGCCCUUCGAGCAGUAUUCGCCGGCUUGCCAGGACACCCACAGCACCUGCUCCUCGGGCGACGACUCUGUUUUUGCACAUGACCUUCUGCCGGAUGAGCCGUGUCUCCCCAAGCACCAGCAGUGCAACGGCGUCGUCAGGACGUGAUGGCCCGCCACCCGGCCGGACAGACGGACGCACGGACGGACGGACAACAGACACGCGAAGGCGCGGGGGAGGCCGAGGACAAACCGUAGUGAAGGAUCUUUCAGUGAAACUGCUUGGUAAUCCCAGAAGAUUUUUGUUGUUGUCGAGCUGUUCAGGGUAAUUUUUUUUUUUCCCAUUUGCUGUAUAAAAAGUCAAGAAGCACUGUUUGGCCUGAAGGAACUAAUCUCUUGCCAAGAUUAUAUAUCGUAUAUAAUUUUUUUUUUUUCUAAACAGAAUGUUAAAUCUGGGGGGGUGCUGACCUCUCCACCUCCGGUAUUGUAUUCUCGAGUGCCAGAGUAGCCGUUCUGUGCCUGCAAUACGAAGAAGAGAAAGAAAUCUUCCUUUAAAAAAAAAAAUGUGUAAAGAAUGUAGAAAUUCUUUGCUUAUGCAAUCUGUACAUGAACCUUUUUGGUGGAGCUGAAAAGCCACGUUGCCUGCAGGGAUUCAUAUAUUUAUAAAAAAUAUCUAUAUUUUUGUUGUUGUUGUUUUUAUAGCUUCGUGAUCUACUACCCAGCUACUUAGAAGGAAUCUUUUUUUUUCUUUUUUUUUUUUUUUUUGGAAGAAGAAGAAAAAAUAAAUGAAUAAGAGGCAAAUAAUAAUAAUUAAAGAAAAAAAAAAAAAGAAAGACGGUGAAGUCAUCUUAAAGAGCGAACGGCAGCGCUUUGGCCCCGCUGGGUGACGACCUGCCCUCGCAGCGGGGCGGGGGCACGCGAGGUGCCGGCGGCGGCGGGGGGGGGGUCCGCGCGGCCCCCAAGGGCUCCGUCUCCGCGCGGGGCCUUGGAGAGAGAAGUUACGGGUACCUGUAGGCAAGAGCCUUUAACUUAUAUCAAAAAGGUUUAUUCCAGAGAAUCUGUGUAUAUAUCUAUAAAUAUAGCCUGUAUAUAUAUAAAUAAAUAUAUUAAAAAAAAAAGAAUGUAUAAUACUAAUGCAACGUAAAGCCGUACUGGGAGAGAGUCUCGGAAUAUGAGCAUUGCAAUCUAGGAUAUACUGAUCUGGGCGAAAGAAGAGAUUUUUUUUGUUUUUUAUCUUCACAGUUUUGUUUUAAAAAUUGUACCUUAACGUGUAUAUUUGUAAAGUUAUUUAUAGAUGUUAACAUAUCUGUUCAUUGGUUUAUAUAGCGUAGUGUUACUGUAAACUUUAAAUUUCACCGAGCUUAAGGGUUUUUUUUUUUAACUUAUUAAAAGUGGAGAAAAAAUAUAUUAAUCAAGUUUUUCUUUUGUGUUUAUGGGAAAUAUUGAAAGAAUGUACAGAUGUACAGUCCUUUAACAAAUUACAUUUAAUGUUAUAAAUAUAUAUAUAUAUAUAUAUAUGUAUUCAUUAAAAAAAAUAUUAGUUUAUCCUGGAUUGCAGUGAGCAAAGGUAAGUUUGUUUUUCAAUACAUCACCAGUGGUUAAAACCAAACAAAUAGCAGCAGAGAGAUGAUUUUCUACAUAUUUCAGAAAAACAGGGCCAAGAAUUCUUCCAUCAGUUUAACCACUGUGCAUUAAGGGGGCGUGGGUGUUUAUUUUUCUAUUUUCGAAUGAAGGUAUUCUUUGUGGUCAACUUAAUAACAAGUGUGCAGCAAGGCUAAAUGUUGAUUUUGGAUGAUGGGUGCUUUUUCCCCCUUUGCCGGUACGGUUGUAUUUUGGGGUUGCGAAAUAGUGUGUGGGCAAAAUAGAGGAGUGACACUGUUUGUAGGGGAGAUGCAAUGACUGCAUAUUUCUUUUGCAUUUAACACGUUGAAAAAAGCCCAGGAUGCCUCGUCUGCUGGGUUGAAAAUGCCGUGCUGUUUUGUUCCUCUAUGGCAGAUAUAACUGUUUAAAAGCACAUGAGUGAACAGGGGAAUUUUAGUAUGGAUCAAGCUGACAAGGGGGGAGGUUUGGGUGGUUUGUUUUUUUGUUUUUUUGUCUGGAAGACUUUAUCUACUACCACAAAGAGGCAAGGAUAAUUGCAUCCUGAAUUCUUGCUUUCCAUUUUUCUCUGGUGCAUAUUACAUAUCAAUGUUUCAGAAUAACAGGAUGACAGCAUCUCAUUUUAAGACUUUUUUUUUUUUUCCUUCUUAGAGCCACAAAAAUCCUUAUCCUAAAAUAAAUAAUUUAUAGUUUGAGGUUACUUCAGUGGAAGUUUGAGAAGGUAGAUUUCUAUAGUUUUUUUUGUUUUUUGGAAUAAAAAAAGAACUUUUUGGUAUUUUCUUACAAAUGUCUGCUAAUUGUGUACAUUCCAAGUACUCGAAGCGUUGAGUUUCCCGUACUGAAAACAGAAAAUGUACAAAACUGUGCAUGAUUUCAAAUGUUACUAGAUAUUAUAAAUAUAUAUAUAAUUUAUUGAGUUUUUACAAGAUGUAUCUGUUGUAGACUUGUUGACUUAACAUUUCUUAUUCAAUGCUUAUAUAGUUUUAUAGCCUGGACUAUUAUCUUUAAAAGCUUAAAAAAAUUAAAAAUUCCAAUUUUGUUACAUUUUAUACUGUUGAUGUUACGAUCCACAGGUUUGCAUAGCGUGAUUUUUCAAUGAGCAACUCUGUUCAGUUUAUUUUAAUACUGUACUUCUGUGCCUGACAGCUGCAGCUGUCGCAGGUGUGAGACGAACACUAAAUAAAACUAUUCUGCUUUUGUUAACAUGGCAAACUUACUUUUACCAAAAAAAAUAAAAAUAAACAAGUUGUUAAAUUUUG